AUGGGAUUCACAAAAUUAUUAUUCUUUCUUACUUAUAUGAAAGAUAUUUUCGGUAUCAUUCAUCAAGUAAAGGAAUUGAAUUUAAUUUGGAUAUUAAAGGGUCAAAAAGUUCCAAUAGAAAAUGCCAACAAACUUGAUCGAACGGUUUUCUUAUUGAUGUUUGGACCAUGCUUGAUUGCUGUUGUUAGCUACAAUGUUCUACCAAUGGUCAGGAAUACAGUUGUUUGCCUUGUUUUUGGUGAACCAUUUCCAUUUUUGCUAGUAUUUGACGUUAACUUCUUCUAUGAUACCAGAAAGGUUCCAGCUUAUACAUUAACAUAUUUAAUUCAAUGCUAUAACUGCUACCUUACUGCAUUUUUAAACCUUCUGAUUGAUACGACUUUCUUCGGAAUCUGUAUGAAUAUCUGCGCUCAUUUUGAAAUCCUUAAAAUUGUCAUCCACGAUUUAGAAGUUAAAGAAUUUGUCGAAUAUCACCAAAAAGUAUUGAACCUAGCAAAGCACAUUAAUAGACUUUUCAACCCAAUCAUUUUUGGAGAAUAUUUAGUGUUGUCAGUGCUUUUCUGUGUUCUUGCUCUUGAAGCCGGCCUUAGUGAGAACUUUUUUGAUUUUAUUCCGAUUCUGUUCCAUGGAAUAGCAAGUCUAUUGGACCUUAUGAUUUAUUCAUAUGGUGGACAAAAAAUCAUGGAUUGUGCAAGUGAAAUUUGUAAGGAUUGCUACAAUGUCGAUAGCAAUUAUCUUAUUAUUAUGCUGAGAACCAAGAGGGAACUGAAAAUUGAAUCUAUGAUGUAUCACGCGGCACUGCCAAUGUGUAGCUUAAUCAUGGGCAGAACAAUGUCAUUGAUAACAUUAAUGAAGUCGUUUUUGUAA